AAUGAAAACGUAGACAACAAUCAGAUUUCGAUCUUUACUUUUAUUACAGGUAUUCGUUUGACAAAUUUGGCAAAUGUUUUAUUUUCCUUUGAUUUUGUUUUUGGUCAGUUUAAGGGUUUGGUGAGGAUAUGAUCCAUGGCACUUGUAUCGCAGCUUCUAAGUCACUGAGUUUCAGAGCACUUGUGUUGAGGAAGACAUUGAAUUUUCAAGUGAAAUUUUCCUCCAAGUGUUCUCCUAAGCAGAUAAGAAUGGAAGGUAAUCUUAAUUGUAGCGCAAAGGAGUCUAGAGGUGCCUUGGUUGUCUUAGAAGGCUUGGAUCGUUCUGGGAAGUCUUCUCAAUGUAGCAGACUUGUCUCCUACUUGGAGGGACAGGGGAUCUCUGCUGAAUUAUGGAGAUUUCCUGAUAGAACUACGAAUGUUGGGCAAUUGGUAUCUGCCUAUCUUAGUAACACAUCACAUUUGGAUGAUCAUACUAUUCAUCUACUCUUCAGUGCUAAUCGUUGGGAAAAGAGGUCAUUGAUGGAAUCAAAACUCAAAACUGGGACAACCCUCAUUGUUGACCGUUAUUCUUAUUCUGGAGUGGCUUUCUCAUCUGCCAAGGGAAUUGAUAUUGAAUGGUGUAAGGCCCCAGAGAUUGGGUUGCUGGCUCCAGAUCUGGUAGCAUACCUUGACAUAUCACCAGAGAAAGCUGCAGAGCGAGGAGGGUAUGGAGGUGAGAGAUAUGAAAAGCUGGAGUUUCAGAAGAAAGUUGCUGAAAGUUACAAAGUUCUUCACGAUGUCUCCUGGAAGGUUGUAGAUGCAUGCCAACCCAUAGAAGACGUGGAGAAACAGUUGCAAGAGAUAGUACUUGAUUGUGUCACAGAAUGCCGGAAGGGGAAGCCCCUUUCAUCCUUGUGGUAGAUAUAGACUCGUACUCUUGAAAGAGUGUCAUAUAUGAAAAAAUAUAUAAGCCAGAUAAAUUCUGAACAUUAUAACCUGUUUAUGCGCAUUUGCUUCAUUCUUACAUAUCACAAUUACAAAUUUAUUUGCUAAGUACUUUUAAGAUAUCUGGUCCUUGAGAAUUUGGAAUAUGCUCGAGUUGGAAGGAAUGAAGAAUUCCUGAUUCAAAUGUUAUGCAGCAGCUUUUUGUAACCCUGAUGAGGUCUAGGUUCUAUAUGCCUAAAUUUCACUGAAAUUGACUUACUUUGGGACUAUGUUAAAAGUGUUUCAUGCCUGUAGUAGUAGUUGGAAAAUAUUAUGGGAAAAACUAAAUUGAUGCGAGGAUUUAGUGUUCUAGAUCCUA